CUUGAAGAAUACGACAAAAAGCGUUUCUUUGACAAAGCUUUAGCGGAAGGUAAAAUGGCUCUUGCAUCACAAAUAGUGAUUGCCAAAAAUUCAAUACUGAUGGAAUAUAGGAGGCUGAGGAACAGACGUGGUGACUUUGAUGAUGUUAGUGAAUCUGCAAUUGAUGCUCGCUGGCAAGAAUAUCUACAGUUAGAUGGAAUAGAUAGUAGUUAUUAUACACCACAAGCAAGAGAUGAAAUUCGAGAAGAACUGAGGGAAAUAAUGGAAGCACAAAUGGAUCGAGAUGCAUUAGUGAAAAAUAAAGAAAUCACUAGAUUACUGAGAUUACCUAUGGAAGCUCUACCUGAUGCUGAAAUAUUUGGUGGUGCUUUGAGUGCUGUUGCAGACAAUGGACCAACUGAUUUAAGUGGAAAACUAAAAAUAAUGAGAGGAAUGGAGAAUAUGUUCCAGAUUAUAAACAUUACUGAUGUGCCACAUCCAGAAGAUAAGAAAAUUGUUUUCAGUCAAUUUGGUAAUUUGGCUGAUACCAUUGCUGGAUCACUUGCAGAAUCAAACAUAGCUGGAAAUUUCCUUCCCGGUGAGAUAAAAAGAGCCGAAGAAGUGUUGGAUUAUAAUGCCACUGAGCCAAACUAUUUUAUUUUUUAUGUUGAAGGUAAUCGAACUGAAGUUCAAAUGAACUUGCGAGAAAGAGCUGUAGAAGCUGCUAAAGAUGGCCAGUCAAGUGAGGCUAAAGAAAUGGUUGUUAAAAUCAAAGACAUGAUUUCUACUAUACAACAAAGCUGCAUGGAAGAAAUAAUGGUGGGGCCUGAGCCAUUUUAUACAGAAUCAAGAAGUGGAUUUCAGAUGACAUUCUUCAAAAAUUAUGCUUCGAAUUUAUCAAAUGAAAUAAUCCAACAAGGAAAUUCUUCAAUAACUCUGCCAGAUUUAUGUUCUGUUUUAAAUGAUCUGUGUGAAGGGAAUAACCUGGCUGUAGGAAUUCAAGCAGUUCGUUGGACACAGCCUUUAGAAUCUUAUGGAACAGAAUCUGAUAAAUUAAGCGAACAUUCAAAUGUUAUUCAAGUUGAUAUAACAUCCAGAGAAGGAAAUUCCACCAUUUCUGUUUCCAAUUCUUCAGAAACUUUUAAAAUUUGUAUUCCUGUUUCUGUUGACAAUACUGAAGAUAAAAUGGAGUAUAUAGUUCCUUCUUUUUCAAGACCUGAUGAUAUUUUGGUGUACCAUACAUUACUUAUAGAAUCUUCAGGACUUACUGCUACUGUAAAUAUAAAACUUGAUGAUCCUGGUGCUCCAUUUAUAAUUCUGUAUAAAUAUGGUGAUCUGCCAUCCUUGUUUGAUUAUGAAGACAUUAUGCGAAUUCAAGAUUUGAAUUCUGAAAAUGGAAUUUACACUUUGUUCAUUGGAUCUGAUAUAAUAAUUGAGGCUGGUAAGAAUUUAUCAAUUGGCAUUGGACAUGCAGCAAAUACAACUGAUUUAGAUACGUUCUUUGAAAACCCUGAUCUAUAUAAUUUAACUGUUGUCAAUAUGACCAAUCAGUUUAGUUCAAAUUAUGCUAUAGAAAUUACUACAACUGGAUGUUAUUAUUUUAGUGAUGUAGAGGAAAAAUGGAGUACUAAAGGAUGCCAUGUUGUAGAAAGUGUUGCUGGUGUUACCUGCUGUGAAUGUAAUCAUUUAACAUCAUUUGGAAGUGGAUUUUUCAUUACCCCUAAUAACAUUGAUUUUAAAUAUGUGUUUGCUAAUGCAGCUUUUGAAACUAAUGUUACAAUUUACGCAACAAUAAUUGUAACAUUUUCUGUAUUCGUUUUAUUUCUUAUCUAUGCAAGAUGGAAAGACAGGAAAGAUGUACAAAAGCUGGGAGCAACUCCUCUUCCUGAUAAUGAGCCUGGAGAUAAAUAUAUCUAUGAAAUUUUAGUUUUCAGUGGUCACCAGAGAAAUGCUGGAACCAAGUCAAAUGUAUUUUUCAUUGUAUCUGGAGAGGAAGAUGAAACAGAAGUUCGCCAUCUUGCUGAUGAUAAACGUCCGAUACUUCAGAGAAGUUCUGUUGAUGUAUUUGUUAUGUCUGUUCCUCGAUCUCUUGGGCAGCUUAACUACUUGAGAAUAUGGCAUGAUAAUUCAGGAUCUGGAAAAUGGUCAUCUUGGUAUUGCCAGUAUAUUGUUUUCAGAGAUGUACAGACAGGCUUUAAAUACGAAUUUUUAAUUAAUAGAUGGUUUGGGGUUGAAUAUGAAGAUGGAAUGAUCGAUCGCCUGAUUCCCGUUGCUGGAAAAGAACAAGUCACUGAGUUCUCUCAUCUUUUCUCAACCACUUCUCGUCGCAACCUUGCUGAUAGUCACUUGUGGUUUUCAGUAUUCCUUCGUCCACCCCGAAGCCGUUUUACUAGAGUUCAACGAGUGUGUUGCUGCAUGGCAGUGCUGUGCUUGUCAAUGUUGUCCAAUGCUAUGUAUUAUGAACGGACGUCAGCCAAACCAUCACAAGGUGGAUUUAAAUUUGGCCCACUUUCUUUAAGUCCUGAGCAGAUUGGUGUUGGAUUAAUUACGAACUUUUUGAUAUUUCCUCCAACUUUCAUCAUGAUAUUUUUCUUUCGAAAAUCUCGUCCACGGAAGCUACGUCAGUCCCGUAUUGAACAAGCCUUGAACGAGCAAAGAAAUGAAUGGAAAAGGAAGAACCCAGAAGUAAUGAGUACUAACUUAAAAAACCAUCGUCCUAGCAAAAGUGACGCUGAAGCUCAGUUAUACCAUAGAAGGAAAAAGUUCUCACUUCCUUGGUGGUGUGUCUACUUUGGAUGGUUAAUGGUCGUAGUUUCAAUUGGAGCAUCCAUGUUCUUCAUGUGGGCAUAUGGCAUCUCAUUUGGCGAUGAAAAAACAUCAAAAUGGCUGUCUUCUUUAAUCAUUGCAUUUAUUUCAUCAGUUUUGGUAACACAACCAAUGAAGAUCAUCCUCAUGGCCAUAGUUGCAUCAUGUUUGUGCAGAUCUAUGGAUUAUGAUGAAGAUGAUGCCGAUGAAGAUGAAGAAGACCCUCAUCUUCGAUACGAUGAAGAAUUUUUGCAUGAUUCUAAAAGAAAUCGGCACAUGGCUUAUCAGCCUAUGGACUUAGAAGCUCUAGAAGAAGCUAGGAAAGAAAGGGAAAAGGAAGUCAAAAUGUACAGUGUCUUGAGAGAAAUUUCUGCUUAUUUCUUAUUCCUGUGGGUCAUAAUGAUCUUGAGUUAUGGCAACAGAGAUCCCAACAAUUUCUAUUUACGUGAAGCCCUUAUUAAUGGAUUUAUCAAACCUGGAGAUUUGUGGGUGGAAUACAAUAAUGUGAACACUGAGAAAAGGUUUUGGAACUGGACUUAUAAUGCACUUGUACCAGAACUUUUUGCAUUGCCUUGGUACAACAAAAGACCUCCACUAGGCUUGAGACUGUACUUAGAUGAUCGGAACAAUUUAAAAAUUGGAUAUGCGGUCAUGAGACAAGUCAGAAUACAGCCAAGAAGUUGUAAAGUUUCCUGGGUGAUGGAAGAUAUUACUCCUGAAUGUGCAGGAUAUGGGAGUAUGUCUAAUGAAGAUGGCACUUUAUACACUGUUGGUUGGCGCAAAGUUAACUCUUCAGAUACGUUAGUUCCUCCUGAAUACAAAUACUUGACAGCAUCUCAGCUUAAGGGCUAUCCCUUUUGGGGUCAGAUUGAUUGGUAUGGGGGUGGAGGCUAUGUUGUUCCUCUUGUUGCUAAGAGAGAUAGCGACGUCAAAUCUCUUAUUCGUCGACUGGAAAGAUUAGAAAAAGAAGGUUGGAUAGACAAAUACACCAGAGCCGUCUUUGUAGAAUUUGGUGUAUACAAUGCGCAGAUAAAUCUGUUUUGUUCCGUCACUAUUCUUGCUGAAUUCUUGCCUGGAGGAGGCGUUAUACCCUAUUAUCACAUCGACCCUCUCCGGCUUUUGAAUUACCAUACAGGAUUUGGUUUAUUUCAAGCAGCUAUCGAGGUUAUUUUUGUCAUUUUUACAAUAUUUUUCACCGUUAAAGAAUUGAAAAGUAUAUGCCGCGAGGGCAAGGCUUAUUUCAGCCAGUACUGGAAUAUAGCAGAGCUGGUCAGCAUUGUUGUUUCAUACACAGGGAUUAUCAACCACGUCUACAAGCUGUUCAUGACCAAGGAGAUUCUACGAAUAUUCACUGAAACCGAAGGAACCGGGUAUGUUAAACUACAGGAGGCUGUCUUGCUGAACGAGCUCUUUUGCUAUCAAAUUGGAUUGGUGAUGUCUAUAUCUACUUUGAAGUUCUUGAAGCUUCUGCGUUUCAACAAGCGCAUUGGUAUCUUGAGCAGCACCUUGCGUACUUGUGCCCAGGAAUUACAAAGCUAUUCCGUCUGCUUGAUGGUUGUAUUCAUGGCAUUUGUUGUCCUUUUCUGGCUCUUACUGGGUAGACACGUCCGAGAGUUUUCGACCUUCGUCUAUUCUUUUGAAUCCUCCAUCAGCAUGAUGUUGAAGAAGUUCAAUUACGAAGAUAUGUACGCUGCCCAACCUAUUCUAACUCCGAUAGCGUUCUUCACCUUCUCAUUAGCCACUGCGGUGGUUCUGAUCAAUAUCUUGUUGAGCAUCAUUAUUCGGUCCUUCGAAGAUGUCAAGCAUGAUGUCAGCAUGCAAAGUAACGAGUACGAGAUCUUAGAUUUCUUCAUCAACCGCAUGAAGAUGCUGACCGGAAUUGGAACAGCCAAGGUGCGUCCUCUUCCCAGCAUGUAUCGCGACAAAAAGAAACCAAAGGAUUCAGUGUCCUCCUUUCCGGAUAAGGUGGACAGGCUAGUGGAUUUCAUCAAUGAUUUCUAUUUUGAUAACCAAAUAGAUUUCAACGGCAAAGAUUUUCUGAAAAAGAUGAAUGCCGAGGUAUCUGCUGCUGCUGAGAGAGAAACAAGGAAGGCGAAACCUGUUAUGGCUUCAAAGAGCAAGAUACCACGAAGUGUCUCUGAACGAUUUGAUGACUUUUAGAUCUUUUCUUCUGAUUUCGUAUUUCAUUUAUGAAAAGCAUAUUUGAAUCCAUUUUUUUUCAUUUGUAUGUACAUUCAGUGGUGGAAUGCAUUUUCUGGCCCUAGGCAAUGCAGAUUAUGAUACUCUUUUAAUAAAUUGGUCGUUUUAAUUUUACAUUUUAUAUCUUAAUCUACUUUCUAAUGACUUAUUUUAUAUUAACUUUUUAUUCUAGUAACUUUGUGAAGAUAUAUACCGCAUCUACAUAUUACUAGGCAGACACUGUGUGUUUAGAAAUACUAUUAUAAAUAAAUUAACAUGAUAAAAUUUAUAAGAACACGACCAAUUUUACGAAGUAUUAAUAUUACCCUUAUAUAAUCAUAAUUUUUUUAAAUUCUGCAGAUUUAUUUAUUUAGUUAAAACGUUUUUAAAUCUGCCUUCAGUCUUUUUCAGCCUUGUAGCCCCAGGCAGCCGCCUAGUUGGAAAUCCGCCACUGUGUACAUCUGCCAUAGUGUCAUAGCAUGGCACCAAAUAUUGCAAAGAAUAUUAUAAAAUAAUACUACUAAAGUAUUCUUAGUGGAAUUGUUAUAGUUGUAUGAAUAUUCAUUUUAUUAUUAGAAUC